CUGGAUUUUCUUGUAUGACAAGAUAACUGCUGUGAAAAUAUUGUGAUAAACAUAAUGAGAAUGCCGAAUGUCUUCGAAAAAUGUACCUAGAAACAGAACAAAACAUAAAAAUGACCAAAAUAUGUAAAUAAAGUUAGAUUAAUAAUUUAAUAACAAAAACUCAUUAAAUUGACCAUUGCUCAUUUUAUAUUUUUCAGAAAAACACACAAAAGGAAACCACAGCUUAGUUGGUGAAGAAUAAAAAAUGGGGAACAAAGUACCAACGGAAGCAAACAUGGGCGACAGUCUAAGAUGUACUACCUGCCGUGAUGUACUACCUGCGUGUAUUUCCUUCUCAAAUUUAACUAAACGCACGAUUGAUAACAGACUUGUAUAUGUGUUCAAUGGAGGUGAAUACUUCAGGCAGGUGGGUCAUGGGUCAUACUUCUGUAAUGACUGCUUUUAUAAGCCAAUCAGAGAUCGAGAGGAAAGGCAGAGACAGCAGGAACAGCAGCAAAGAAAAGAAAAACUGAGCCAAAGACUGCAGCAAUCACAACAACGUGCUGAACAGCAACAGGAGCAACAACAAUUGAGCAGAAAGUCAGUGGAAUUUGAGCGUAAGCAAUCUGUAUUAAAACAGCAGCUGGAUGAGUUUUCACCUGAGGAGCCAGAUGAAUUUAGCGAUGACCUCCUAGAAGUCCUCUCAUCCCAAUGUGACAUCCCAGUUACAAGCCUCAGUCUCAGCCACCUGGCAGAUGGUCAGCUAGGACAGAUUAUGUCGGCCCUGGACAGCCUUCUGUUUGAGAAAUGGACAAAUGCUCAUCCACCACUCAGAACUUUACAGCAUGCACAGGUAUUUAUCACACAGCUGUGUACCCUGUCUCUGGGGACAUCUGAGGGAGUUUCCCUGCAAAGUGUCUCCAAUCAUGUGCAGUCUCUGGUGCAGAACAUCAGCCAAUCAGCAGAUAAUGCCUUUGAGAAUUUCCUGCUCACACAAGCCCUGUAUUUGAGCCUUGUGAAUUUUUUCACUGACCAUGAUGACUCAGACACUGAUGCAGUACACAUUGCCAAACGAUGGGCUGAGGGUAACCUUUCUGCUGAGAUUUGCUUUGUUCUAAACUUCCUCUACACUCUCACGGAGUCACUAGACAAUGCAAUUGGAAUGGCCUCUGUUUUUGUUUUAAACAUGGAAAUCCAGUGCCUGAGGCUUCUGUUUUCCACACUCACGCAUCUCAAUGGCAAAGAAAUACACAAAGAAGUCACUGAAAUGCACCUCAGACUUGCACAAACAAAUGGAUGGAAACCCACAGAGGUAUUGACUCUCCUCAAAGUAUUUUCAGAGCAAAAUGCAGAGGAUGUUUCAAUAACUAAAAUUCUGACUUUACUAGAAGUGUAUGAUGUAUCUCCAGUGUGGAAAGAUAACCGUGAACGAUCUCUCAUUGAGUCUAUUGACUUCGCUGGCCCUGAGAGUUUCUACACAACUUUCCAACAGGCCCUCGAAAACCAAGGUUCUGAUGUCCCUGAAAGAAUAGCAGAAUUAAUGAAACACAGAAGUUUGGAUGAAUCUGUGAUAAAGAGGGUACUGAAUAUCACAAACAUCACUUGUAACACCCUGCAACAUUCACAAAAUGAAGAUGCAAAAAUUUUUAAACGUGACUAUAAAAUUGAGAACAUGCGUGAUGACGAUUUCCAAGAAAUCCUGACUCAGCUCUGCAAAGCUGUUUUCCACACAAAAGGUUGGUGGCCAUCCCGGAGUCAAAUCAUACGCUGGUGUGCUGUAGUGUUAGCUGAGAAAAGUCAGCCACCAAAGCUGGUUGGGUUUGAAGAAGAUCCAUGUGUCACAGCCAUGAUAGCAGCCAUGCAAAUCUGCGUGGGAAACAAACUGGAUAUUGUGCUGAGCUCUGGGGCUCUUUCAGAGCAGGAAACCAAGGAGUGGUCCGACUUCUACAAGCAUCUGGGAAUUUCACUAAACACAAACAGGAGGAAAACUAACAAGUCAUAUGGUGAUGUUUAUGAAGCAGACAUUGUGUAUGGUGCCAUUGAAGACUUCAUCACUGAUUACUUUCAAUAUGGCUUAGCGAUGAUGGAAGCAGGAAGCUCUCAGUUUAUUCGUGGAUUUAUCAUUGAAAAUGGAUGUCUUGGUGCUGGCCAUAAUCUGAACUUUUCAAGGCUCAAGGACAAUGAGGCCCUUGGGUUUGCAGCAGAAGAAUUCCAAAGCCUCAUGGGUAAAUGUUCCAGUGAGAAAAUGGAAGUGAGGCACAGUUUUGUUCGGGAAAUGUUCCAGGUGCUCCAUACUGACCUGAAAGAUAAUGUAGACAUGAAGGUUAUGACCCUCUCACAAAAACUUACUGGAGCGAAAUUACCUUCUCGAGAUGCCUUUGUUCUUAUGUUUCUUGAGACACUAAUGAAAGGAGUUGCCACUGAUGCAGAAAUAAAGAAAAACAGCAAUUCUCCUAUAGUUAAAUGGUGUUUUGAGAUUUUAAUUGCCUGUGCAAUGCAAUUCCAAGCCUCAACAAGUGCAAAAGGAUUUCUGCAGAUGGUGUCAAAUCUUGUGGCUCAGAAACUUUGGUCACCUGAAGAGACCUUAAAACUCCUUGGAUCAUUAACUGCCCAGCAUCAAGAUGAAAGCUUUAUUUCCAUCAUUAAGAUUUUAUGGUUGAUGACAACAUAUCAGAUAUCUUCAGAGUGGAAAGAUGAGAACCAACAAUCUCUCCUUCAGCUCAUAGGUUCAUCAGAAACACAGGAUCUAAUUCAGCACUUACAAAAUAACUGCAAAGCAGAGAAAGAAAAAAGUAUUGAUACUCUCUUUGAUGAAAUAAGAGCCAUGAAAGAUCUUGAUGAAGAAACACUGGAGAAAUCACUCACUAUAGUAAAACAUGUACAAGAACUGAUUAAAACUGGUGACAUUAAAAGCCAUGCAGAUGCACAGCGAGCUCGGAGUCUGAGCCACAGCAUGAAGACAGAAGAUGUUCAGGAGGUACUGGCUGUCUUAUGCAAUGCUGUACAUGUUACUAUAUUAGGGAACAGGUGGUGGCCCAGAAGCACUCAAAUGACAAGCUGGUGCUUCUUAGCCUUGGCUAACAAUGGAAAGCUCCUGCAGAUGGGCACUGGGGAAGGGAAGUCUGUUGUUGUAGCUAUGUUUGCAGCACUGCGUGCCCUCAGGGGUGAAAAGGUAGAUGUGCUGUCCAGCUCUUCUGUGUUAUGCCAAAGGGAUGCAGAAGAAUGCGCUGACUUUUUCAGCUACUUUGAUCUCACAGUGGACACAAACACUAAUAAAACCAAAGAUAAAGAUCGAAAGCAAUGCUACCAGAAGGAUAUAGUCUAUGGAACUGUCGAGACCUUCGCUGCAGAUCACCUUCGCCAGACAUUUGAGAUAAAGGAUGUGAGACCCGAUCGCGGCUAUAAGUGCAUCAUCAUUGAUGAAGUGGACUUGCUGCUUCUGGACCAGGGAAUACAGGUGACCUACCUGUCCAGUUCCAUGGUCUCCAUGCAGCACCUCAACAUUAUUCUGACCAUGAUCUGGGGCCAUGUAUGCCAGUAUGGUCUCUUGACAACAGGAUACGAAACGUUUGUACGUGGUCCUCCUGCUUCAUUCUUCAAGGCUAUAUUUGACUCAAUGGACACAGAGGGAACUGAAAUCAAUGACCCAAUGGACAUUUUGCAGAUUGCUGAAGAGUGCAGCGUUGUCCCAAAAGGAUUUACAGAGGAAAUUUACAAAAGUGAAAAAGAUGGAAUUCUUGCAAAACUGAAAAAUGUGAGUCAGGAUGCUCAAAUAAAUUUCUUUCAAGAAAUUGAGGACUAUGUCCCCUAUGGGUUUGCUGUUUACAUGUUAGAUGACAAUGGAUGUCUUAGUCUUAAAAAGCAGAGCCUGAACAAGCAGGUUGUUAAAACCCUUAAAUUUCUUGUUUUAGAUGAUGGCUUGUGUUGUCCUCUCUAUGAUUCAGAAGAAAUUCUCAUUGACCCCAUUGCAGAAUUAAUAUCUGAUCAGCUGCACUACACUCCAAGUGAGAACAAGGCAAAGAAAAUCAACAUCCCUGGAUUUCUGAAAGGUCUGGUGGAGAAAAAAUUGGCAACAUGGGUUCAGAAUGCCUUCCUGGCUAUGAGGCUGAAGGAAGGGCAGGAAUAUGUUGUGGAAGAUGACCAUAUCUAUCCAGUGGAUUUCAAAUCCACAGGUAUUGUUGAACUGAAUAAGAAAUGGGGUGAAGGUCUACAACAAUUUGUGGAGAUUAAACACCAAAUCAAAUUAAGCACAAUGUCAGCCGUGACAAACUAUGUUUCCAAUGUUUCCUUUUUUGAAAAGUAUAAUGGGAAAAUAUAUGGAUUGACAGGCACACUUGGGAGCAAAACAGACAUGAUGUUUUUGAAUGAACAAUAUCCAAGUCUCUCUGCCUGUGAAAUGCCAACAUUCAACAGGAAAAAGUUAUUUGAGGUUAAAGGUUUUCUCAAGCCCUCUACUGAAGAGUGGAAAUCAGAAGUGAAACGUUUGCUUUUGGAUCAAAUUUCCCUAAAUUCAUACAGAAAAGGAAGAGCAGCCCUGGUUAUCUGUGAAACCAUCAAUAAAGUCAAUGAUCUCUAUGAAGAGCUAAAAGACAGCAUCCCAGGUGAAGUCAUUGUCUAUGCACGCAGUGACACAAACAGCUUGGGUGCACUAGAUAGAAAACUGAAUCCUGGUGAUGUGGUUCUUGCCACAAAUCUUGCAGGGCGUGGGACAAAUAUUAAAGUCACUGAUGAGGUAAAUGAAAAUGGAGGAUUAUUUGUGAUCCUCUCCUUCCUUCCUGAGAAUGAAAGAGUGGAACACCAGGCCUUUGGGCGAACCGCACGCAAAGGUAAACCUGGAUCUGCUCAGCUAGUUAUAUCCACUCAACAUCUGCAGGAGUGUUACAGGACAGUGUCGUCUCUGGAGGAAGCUAAGAAAAUGAGGGAUAGUCUUGCAAUAGAGCAGAUACAGGACAUGCAAAAGGAUAUUGAUGAGAUGAAACUGCGAGAGGAUCUGUUUUCAGAGUACUGUAAAACCCUUCAAGAGAUUUACAAGAGCACAGAUGAAGAUGAACAGAAGGCUAUUGUCCCCAUCAUGAAUGAGUUCUGGGGGAUUUGGCUGCAAACAAAGUCUGAAGAAAUUGAUCAAUUGAAGAGAAGAGGACUGCAGAAGAGCUUGAGAGCUGAUUUGGCAUUUGCAAAAAAGCAGACUGAAAGCCAGAAUUCCCCCUCCUCAAGUAUUUAUCACUAUGUGAAGUUUGGGAAUAUUGCACUGAAGGACAAGAAAUGGGAUAUCAGUGCCAGGCUUUUUCAAAAAGCCUCAAAACUAGAUCCAAGUUGGGCAGGCAUAGCAUUUUACAAUCAUGCAUACUGCAUUAUUAUGCAACAAUCAGGUGAUUAUCUCACUCUAGCCAUAAAUGAUCUGAAGAAGGCGCAAGAUUCUCUGAAGUACUUUAGUGAGGAAUGCUUGGCUGGCCUGAGCUUUAUAAAAAUGUCCUCUCCCAAAUCAGCAAAUGGUAAGACCAGCAGCCUUGAAAACCAGUUCUCCAGCAAGUGUGACAUGCUGAGUUAUCUUGAUAAAAAUAUGAGUGAGGCCAUCAAUAAACUAAAAGAAAUUAAAGGAAAGGAGAGAGAUGCUCUUGCAAAAAAAGCUCCAGUUUUUACUCUGGUGUCAGAUGAUGAAGAAGCGCUCCAAAUGGAAACCUUCAACCUCUAUGAUCGAGGUCUGAAAUACAUUUUUUCUGUGGAAGAGGAGCCUCGUUUCCCAUGGGAAGCUCUGGUGGUGUUCUUUCUCGGAGUUGCACAGAUUGUCGGAGGGGCACUGCUCACUGCAAUUACAUUUGGGACACUAGCUCAAGUCGGUAUGGGGCUCAUCACUGAAGGAAUCUCAGACUGCAUCACUGGCAUAGAGUCUAUGAUAACAGGAGAAUUCAGCUGGCAAUCAUGGGCAAUAGAUAAAGCCAUUUCCAUUGCCAUCUCUCUUAUUGGGUUUGGAAUCGGAAAGCUGGUUUCAAAGGGCUUCAAAGCUUCUAAAACAUUAAUGAAGGGAUUUGGCAAACAGCUAAAGGCAAUGCCAAAGUUCUUUACCAGUCAGGCUAAAGAGGGGUUUAGUGUUACUAUGAAGACCAACAUGAAGAAUGCAGUAAAAGUCACUGCUAAAAAAAUCAUAGAAGAAUCUGUUGGCUAUGGAAUUGGGAUGGCAGAGGAUGAAAUAAUUAGUAAAAUACUAGAAGAAAUAGAAAAGGAAGUGAAAAAGGGAAUCAGUGAUGAAGUGAAGUCCAACAUGGGAAAGGAUCCCCUGCAUGCAAUAACAGAUUCAAUUAUACUCUCUCACAUUGAAAAUAAACAGGAAUUUAAUGACCUUUUGACAGAUGAGAUAAUAAAGACUAAAUUACUGGCCAUUUUCACAGAGCUAAGCAGCAAUUCAUUAGAGCCAUAUUCUGCAGACCUUGGCUGGCAGAAUCAGCUUAGCUCAUCCAUCUCAAAUGUGAUUGACACUGUUAAGGAAGAUGCUAGAGGAAAAACAAAAGCUAUUCUAACGGCUAUCCAAGUGGCCCAUAUGGGAACACUGGCAGCAGAUGCUGUACAUGCAGUGGUCACCCUCUCAGACAAAUUUUUCACAGGUCUGUGUGAAGGGCUGGAAGGGUUUCAAAAGAAAAGAGCCAUUCCUCAAAAAGUAAAGGCAAGUGACCUAUCAGAUUCAGAGAAAAAGAUGCUGAAUGACUUCAGGCAGGAAAUAAUUGACAGCAUGGCCACUUUACUGACAAAAGCUUUAGUUGAGUUGUUUCACCAGAAGUUCUCCAGUCACAUUGUGAGUAAAGUCAAAAGCAAGGUAAAUGAUAAAAUUGGUGAAUAUGUGAGCACAGGUUUAAAGACUAAGAAAACAGAGGAAAAACUCAAAGCUGGGCAGGACAAUCUAUAUACUGCACACAUGUCCAAAGAUGUGCAUGCAGCUGGUCAACAGUCAAAGUCACAUGCUGAAAAGGUCAAGAAUUCAGAGAAUACUGGUAGUGAGAUUGAUAUCAAAGUCCUGUCAGAAGCCACUGGCACUAAGGUUGUGAUCUUAACAGAGGGAAAAGAUGGAAAGCUGACCAAAAUUCAGGAGAUGAACCCAAGCACUGAUGAUGCCAGUCAAACUGUGACACUGGUCUAUAGGCCCAAGAGUGACCAACACCCAGAUGGACAUUAUGAUGUGCAGAUCAAUAACAAGACCGUGAGUGUAGAGAACGGCGACCUGUAUCGCGCUAUGGCACGAGGCAUGAAACCAGACUCCAGUGACGACGACAUUGCUUCUGCAGCAACUGACCUGCGAUCUACAGAGGCUGAGGCCCUCACAGAAAAACCAAUCCAUUUUGAGUCUUUCAUCCAACGGAAAGCGUGGAUUAAAGCACUCGUAGUUGGUUCCUAUCUCAUAUCAGAGGAUAUUGAAUCAGGUGAAGCAGAUCAACUAAAAAGGAAAAGGAAAGAACUUUUGAACAACCUGAAGGAGGAAAGUGCAAAAACAACAGCUCAGAACUUGUUGCAGACUCAUGGAAAAAACAAAAAUAAAAUUGGGACAAUUGGAAAAAUCAUGAAUGGAGAUAAUCGCCCACCAAAGAACAGCAUAUUAACAGCUGCACAUUUUAACACAGGGAGCAAAUUAAGUAAAGUGAUGUUUCAGGUUGCAUCAGACUUGUCUGAUUAUAAUGAAUGUAAGCUUCCAGUUGUUUAUGCACCAUAUGAGCGAUAUCAUAAGUUCCCAACUGUAGAAUCUCCAGAGCUCAAUAAGUUAUUGGCUGAAACCAUGAGCAAGGAUGAUGUUGAGGGCACCUUCAAACUGACGAUCCUAGGUGCCAUGCCAACAUUUAUGCUGGAAAGAACAUAUUUUAACAAUGAAGACAUGAGCUUGACCAGAUUGGACACUUUUGGGGACAGUUUCCCAGAGCAUGCUACAGAAAUGGUAAACACAUGGUUCAAACUCCUGGAAAGCAGAACAGAUCUCAUGAACCAGGACACUGCAGAUAGACUCAAACACUGGAUCAACACUGAAGGAUACCUUGAUCCAAAUGAUCCCUACCGGAAACAAGUCACCAUGUAAAAAGACCAGAUGAACUGCAGAUGAGUGGCUCUUCAGGAAGAGGUUCUUCUUCCCUUCCCUCCUUUUGUUGACCUGCCUACAUCUAAUCAGCUGUGGCAUGCAGUGUUUCAAAAUGGCUGAUAUACAACUGGCCUUGCUUUUUAAUUGAUCAGCUGUAACGGUGAUUGGGCUAUAAUGAGCUAUGCUUUAACAACUAAAUUUUAGUUACCUGAAAACUCCUCUAUGAAAACGUGACGCGCUCAUCAUAUAGGUGUUUUAUGGAAUGAAAGCUGUUCGUUCUGAGGGUAGAAACAGUCUGAUUGGGAUUAAUGUAGAGAAUAGGAGACAUAGUUUAAGAAUUGUGUAUUUUUGUGUUUAAAUUAGUUUAAAUGUUAGCUAUUUAGCAAGCUAAUGUGUCUGGAAAUUCAUGAGGUAUUAACACCCUAGUUUCACACAGUGUAACAUUAACACUAGCCAACCAGACUCAUAUUUCAGGUAAGACUGUUAGGAAUUUCACCACUGUUGGCUAGGUAGGUCAUUUAGUAGCAACUUAGGUAACAUUAGCUAGCUUAAUUAGCACAAUUGGGUAAUUAAAGUUGAACUAGCUUAUUUGUCAUUUUGCUGAAUUUUGUUUGCUUGAUGCUUAGUAGCAUAAUGCUCAGAAAUAUGAUCUGUUAAAAGAAUUGGGUUAUUUCGGCUUUAUCAUUCGUAAUUUAGCUCAAUUUUAUCUAGCUUAAUAGUGCUAGGGUGCACUCUGUUUGUGCUAAAUCAGCUAAAUUAUAUGUAAUUAUAUGUACAAAACGUAACGUAGAUAAGAUUUAAUUCAAUUUCAUUACCCCUCUGACUUUCUAACACCCCUUCACCUCCCACUUUGCAAAAAGACUGGAUGUCCAAUAAUUAAUUAAAUUUUGAUUUAAGCAAAAUGAGGCUAGAAUCAGGCUAGAAUAGAAUCAAAACUGACUCCGCCCCCAUGUGUGAGCUCUCAACAUGGCAGAGCCCACUUCUGAAUUUCUCUGAUCUAUGUGGGAGUGUGCACACUGUUUACAAUGAUCAGUACAGAAUGUAGCACAAACCCUAAACUAAUCUGAAGGUGAAGUAGAUUAAAUCACUGCAACAUCCAUUUUAAAUUGCAUUUACUUCUUAUGGGUGCUUUACCAGCACAGCUCAAUACACAACUCAGAGUCUACAGCAAAUAAAAUACAGGAAAUUAGCUUUCCAAUUAUCAUGAAUCUCAGGAUAAUGAGCAGCGCACAGUCAGGCUUUUUCAAUAGUCCUUUUUAAAAAAAAUAUAUAUAUACAUAAUUAUAAGUUGGUUAGAUACACUUUCUUUUUUCUUUCUGAUAAAUUUACUUUGGGAAUAUUUUUAUUUGUGGUGGAUAACACGAAGAAGUAAAAUGUGUUUAAUGUAGUUGCUUGUAACUUGCAAGAUGACCUCUCCCUGAGAAGAAUCAUAUAAAGGCAUGCAUAGAGUCUUAUAGAAUAAAAUUCUGUG